AUGUUUCAAGAGACACUGUCAGGAGAAGCGUUGAGUUGGUUUUACGAGCUCCUGGCCAGCUCGAUAGACAGCUUCAUGCAACUGGCAGAUAGGUUUGUGAACCGUUUCAUACUGCGCACGGACGGGCAGAGCACAAACCAGCUAUUCAAGGUGAAGCAAGGACACGGUGAAGGGCUAAAAGCCUUCGUAAACCGUUGGCAGGGAGCCACAGCAAAGGUCAGGAGUUUCGACAAGAAAGUGGCGGAAGAGGCGUUUGUCCAAGCCUUGUUGCCUGGGAAAUUCCUAUAUGCCGUAAAAAUCGAAAACCCGCGGGGUUAUGAUGAACUAAUGGAGAUGGCAAUUAGGCAUGCUCAAGCAGAUCAUGAUACGUACGAGGAUCAAUCCGUAGUGUGGAACGAGAACAAGGGUGCAAUCCCAGGGCCCCCGACAAGGAAAUUCCCACCAUCAAGACUGACCAGGGAGGACACUAGGUAUCACAGGGAGGCCACGCACGCGAUUAACAAUUGUGUAGAGCUCAAGAGGGCGAUAGAGGGCCAGAUAAAAAGGGGUAAACUGCAGCAGUAUGUGUCGGGCCAACGACAGGGGGCAGGGGUUCCCAUUUAUGGGACGAUCAACACAAUCCGUGGGGGAGCACGGUUAGACCAGAGGAGUAACAAGGAUACUGGGGAGGCCGGCCCUGUGGAAGAUAAAAGCCUUUAUUGCUGGGCACAUGCUGAUGAUGAUGAAGCUGCCAUCCCCAGCGGGUAUAGUGAUGAUCUGGGGGGAUCAGUUGGCAGCGAGAGGUUGCUAUGCCAUCGACCAGGAUAA